UUUCGUGUCAAUCCUCAGCCCAAUAACUGCCGAAAAGAACUGGAGCAAUGGAUAUACACCAACAGGCUCAAUCUUCUGUCGGUGAAUUCCGCCAUGGCUUCCGGCUCUGAACUUCCUCUACAUUCACCAGAAACGACGUCGUCGGCUAUGGUGGUGGCGGAAAAGGAGGAGAAGCCGUUGGGGGAGAGAGUAUCAGCAGCAGCUUUGUCAAUUUAUAAUUCUCUUCCCAAAAAAGGAAAGCCUCAAGGGGGUGAAGUCACUGUUUUAGCGGCUUUUCUCCUCUCCAAUCCGUCUCAAGAGUUACAAGUGGUGGCAUUGGGCACGGGAACAAAAUGCAUAGGGCACUCACGGCGGAGUUCGAGAGGCGAGGUCGUGAAUGAUUCGCACGCCGAAAUUAUCGCCAGGAGAGCUCUUCUUAGGUACUUCUAUAUGGAGAUUGGAUGUCUGACCGAAAACUUUAGUAACCAUAGACAUAAUAAUGGAAGAAUACUGUUGCAUGGUGAUGAAAUCGCAUACUCGCCUUUACAUUUGGGCACCGAUAACUGUGGCAAAGGAAAAUACAAAUUGAGACCGGGCUGGCAGUUACAUUUGUACAUAUCACAGUUACCCUGUGGAGACACAUCACUCAGUUCCCAAUUGUUUACUUCAGUUGGUCCUUUGGAACAAAGGGAUAAGCAACACCACUCUGCAGACCAUGAUUCCAUGACCAAGGAAUUUUCAGAAUCUUCAGCAAUGGUGAACGGUGAUUGUUCUCAAGUUCCUGGUACUGUUAAGAGGAAGCCUGGUCGAGGAGAUACAACUUUAUCGGUGAGCUGCUCUGACAAGAUUGCUCGCUGGAAUGUUGUUGGGGUUCAAGGAUCUCUGCUUUCGUAUUUCCUGGAACCAGUUUACAUUUCUUCUAUAACCACUGGUCGGUCCCAUUAUGGUUCUGAAGAUUUUCUAAUGGUUGAUCAACUGAGAAGAUCUUUAUACGAUCGAAUUCUGCCAUUGUCAAAAGAAUUAAUUAACCCUUUUCAUGUUAAUAAGCCACUCUUUUUGGUAGCUCCAAUACCACCCAAGGAGUUCCAACACUCUGAGACUGCUCUAACAACCUUAACUUGCGGGUAUUCAAUUUGCUGGAAUAGGUCCGGCUUGCAUGAAGUUAUCCUUGGAACAACUGGUAGGAAGCAGGGAACCUCUGCAAAAGGUGCUAUGUAUCCUUCUACCGAGUCAUCAUUAUGCAAGAUAGAGCUGAAGAAUACAGUGCUACUUCAAAGGCCUUUAAAGCAAGCCCACAUUUUAGAAACUGGAUUUUGAAACCUCAAAAUUCUGAGUCCUUCUCACACAAUGGUCCUUAAGUUUUCUAUUUGUAUAUAUUUUUCGACCUUCAAAGAUAAUUCUACUGCAUUUCUACCAAUUUGAGAAGCAAAAAUAUGAAAAUACUAUGGUUGGUCAAUUUACAGACAUAUAUCUUUUAGAAGGUCGUGUGAUGUGGAGUGCUUAUUUCUAUGAGGAUAGUGAAUUAGGGGACCACUGUACGUG